AUGAAGCCAGGUGGUGUGGGGGAGACCACAGCUCCAGUCAAGAUCCAUUAUGGCCCACAUAAAUGUGAGUUUUUGCACCCUAAUGGAUAUGAAACUGCCGGGAAAGGUUGUGUGGACAUUUGGACAGGUGUCAUCACUAUUGCAGUAUGGGACUUCCCUUCUGGCCAAGCAGAGCCAAUACUGAAGAUGGGAGAACAGUUGCAUUUGCUGUCCGAGGAUGGUGAAUGGUGGAAAGUCAUAUCAGUAGCAACUGGCAGACACUGCCACAUUCCUAGCAACCACGUAGCAAAAAUAUCUUACAGGUGGCUCUAUGAAGGCAUCAGCCGAGAAAAAGCUGAGGAGCUAUUGAUGCUGCCUUCCAACCGUGAAGGCUCCUUCCUGAUAAGAAAAAGCCAAACAAGGAAAGGUUGCUAUUCCUUGUCUGUCAGACAUGCACAGCAUGGAGGCUGGGACUCUGUGAAACACUAUCGUAUUAACUGCCUGGAAAACAACUGGAUUUACAUCACUUCCCGCCUCACUUUCCCCAGCUUGCAGGACUUGGUGGACCAUUAUUCUGAUAGUCGGGAUGGCUUAUGUUGCCGCCUGCAAGAACCAUGCUUCAUCCAAGGAUCUGACUCAGGCUUGCUACCCAGCCUUUCAAAACCAGUGACAGUGAAACAGCCAAACCACAACUGGCAGGAGAUCAACAGUUCAGACCUGCUGUCAGAAGGUCCACUGCCAGAAGACUCUCCAAUCAGUCUGGGCCUGAGGGAAGCCAUCAGUUCUUACUUGUUGGUGACUGAAGACUUGCCCUUAGAGAACACAUCUACCAAAAAGGGGAAGAAAUGCAAAGACACUUGAUCACCUUUGGGAACCAUUUGUCCCAUGGAA